AUGACAUCUUAUAAUGACGUCUAUGAUUUAAUGAUUAUUAAGGAGUUGGGAUAUAUUCAAAAGUUGAAGCAUGACCCCAAUGGAUGGAAAAAGUGUAUACAAUGCAUUCAAAAUGGAUGCUUUUCUCAUCUCGCCCAGCUAAUUUUGGGCUUACUGAUUCAGGUGCUGGAGAGUGCAGUAACUAAGUGUGAAUUGCCGUGUAUCAAUGUUCUUUAUUUCGAGAUUGCAUGUCGCUAUGACAAAUUGUUGCAGACCUAUUCAAGUCCUUUGCUGAUCAUUUUGGAAGCACUUUUUGACACUCUUGGUGUUCUCCAAAAAUCUUCGAAACCAAGACAUCACUUGUUUUGGUUGUUUUACCGUUUCGUCAGGACUCAUGCAGAUUUCGGGGGGAAACGAGCAGCAAACUUCAUCAUGAAUCUUACACCUUUCUAUAUGAAUCUGUCGCAGGACUCUUGUCACCCUCUGAUUUUAAAAAAUGAUGAGCAACGUUUACUUGAAACUGAUCUGGAUUCAUCUUCUAUAUUUCGCUACUUAUGGAACGCACAACAAAGAGCGAUUGACAUGUCCUGCGGAAAAUAUGCUGAAAGAUUGCUUGCUUAUGGAAGCGGAUUUGUUCAUGAGUUUCUUCGUUCUCUCACCAAGUCCGUGGACUCAAGCGACAUGAUAACGCAUAAAAUGGCAUUCCAAAUUCUCAAUAAGUUAUUUAUUAAUGCAUCGAAGUCUGACUCCAGUAUUCUCGUUCAGUGUUCUUGGGAUGAAGUUAUUUCGACUGGAGUUGAGGGCAAUCAUUUGAACAAAGAGGUAGGUGACUUGAUUUCUGAGUACAGAUUGGUCGGAAAUCAAGGUCGUGGUCCCACAAAAAAGAAAGGAAUUCCAAAGUAG